AUGAGCAAGGAGAAGAUUGGUGACAUCCCAAAAAUAACCCCUCUCCAAAUCGCAUUAGGUUAUCCGCGAACCGAUCCCUCCAGCCGAUUCUUCGUGCAGACUUAUAAGAAAUUUAUUGAGGGGCAUAAGACCAGCGAUGGGAUGACUGGGGUUUCCCUGAUCAAAUGGACCGAUGCAAGACAGAGAGUUGAGCUCGAGUCUAUGGCGAAGAAAUUUGCAGUCAUUGAAGGCCGAGGAAAGCAAUUUUGGCCAGCCAGCGAGAUCUCUUCUUCUGAGGACUCACUGAUCUGGCCACGAGAUGAUCUCAAAAUCAUCAAGCUGCUUGCCCAACUCUUUUUUCGUCACAACCAGCAAGAACACCAGAAGGGUCUUAACUCACCAUCCAAAAAGAAACAAGCUGUACGCCAUGAGAGGCAGAGAUCUCAAACACUUGGACAAAGUCACGCGAUAUCACCUUCAGUUCCAAGUGAGGAAAUGGAUACAGACCCAUUCAACGACGUCGAUUCGGAUGAUGACCUUCCAGACGUAGACCAUAUUUAUUCACGCAGUAGGGGACCAGAUAACCAAACUUCAUCGGCAGGGAACGGGUGUAACACUACACCGCCACCUCACGCCUCCACAACUGCCAUAAAUACUCCGAACGAAACUGCAGUUUCUUUUGCGCCAACUGCCCCUGUUGCUCAGAUGACUGAACGCCUAGAUGCCACCGCAGUGUCUGAGACAGUCUCUCGAGCUAUAGAUGGUUUCACUGAGAAAUACACUUCAUCGGGCCGCAGCUGUCGGCCAGUCCAACGCCAAAACUUUGUCGAAACACCAACCUUUGACACGGAGGAUGAUUCUCAAUCUGUGUCGCCACCUCCAAGUCGACAAAGUGAUCCGGGAUCCCGUGUUAGCCCAGAACUUGGAACUGAAACUCCUGGGGCUUCUCAUGUCGGAACUCCGCAGAACCCUCGCGCCACGUCGGAGCCAACGCCCUUUGAUAGGACUCAGCUGGCUACUGAGGAUAUAACCCCUGUACUAGAGGCAAAUCAAGCGACGAGAGCUAUGCCUCCCCCUCCUCUCCCUCAGGCUAUAUAUCAUACACCAGAGGCUACUACUAGAAGGCCAAGAUACGAUAUUAAAUACAGUGUUGAAAGGUCACCCGGAAACUUCACGCUAUGGGAGCAUUACGACAGAUUCCUCCCCAUGCCAAUGUCGGAGUUUCAAUUUAUGCAUGGCUUUAACGACAUUGAAGCUGUACGAUUUGUUGUUCAGCGGGAAGGUAGGAGUUGGGAUGAUAAAGUCCAUAAAAACGACGAUGUUGCGUUUCAGGAUAUGAAAGUUCGCUUCAAAGGCCUGAUCAGAAAUGAUUUGGAUAGCCUUGGCCCCGACUGCGGUUAUGUUCCAUACGAUAUCUGGAUCAUUCCAAUUAGGAGUUCUGAAAACGAGGGAAAGUAUUUUCGAGAGCAGUCGAUCACGUUGUGA